AACAUUAAAAAAAAAAAACAAAAAUUCCAAUUUUCCUUCACGAUAUUAUCAUCUGGGGGUUUAUGGCUUGGCUUGCUUCACGAUCUAAUCUCCUUCUGCAGCACCAAACCUAGGGAGUUUAGGGUUUUGUAUCUGGAGAUUUCAGCACCGAAUAUCAGAGUGUGUAUGGUGUGAACCAAAAAGAAAAAAAAAAAGAGAAGUGGAAUCUGGCAAUGUUGUCCAUCUCCAGAUAUCUGUCGAGGAAGACAUCUCUUGUCUCCCGCAGUUUCAGACUCAUUCUCUCAGCCGACACGCUUCAUCGCAGCAUCCCUCUUCAACGCAACAACACCCUUACUGCCCCUUUCCCUUUCUUCUCCUCCCGCCGUAUUUACGACUCCAGCGGCGGUAGCGGUGAUUAUGAGUACAUCAGAAGUGAUGUCAAUUGCCCUCGUUGCUCUGCCCAGAUGCUUGUCGUCUUCUCCAAUCGUCCUUUGUCACUCACAGCCAGAGAACCUGGGAUCUAUCAAGCCGUUAAUUUCUGUUCCCAAUGCAAGACCGCUUUUUACUUCAGACCCUUCAAGCUCUCUCCUCUUCAAGGAAGCUUUAUCGAGCUAGGCAAGGUCAAGAAAGGGGCUGAUGCUGAUGAUGACGACGAUGUUGAGAGAUCUUGGAAGAUUCAAGGUCUCAAAAAUGAAGAUGAUGAUGAUGCAGAAAGCACUGGCGUGAUGAAGCAGCUUCCGACACCUAAGGAAAUCUGUCAGGGGCUUGACCAGUUUGUCAUUGGUCAGGAUAAGGCAAAGAAGGUGCUCUCUGUCGCUGUUUACAAUCAUUACAAAAGAAUAUAUCAUGCUUCCAAGUUAAAAGGGUCUGGUUCAGAAUCAGUUAACCUUGUUAUGGAUGAUGAUGAUGAUAGCAUUGAUCUCGUGGAGUUGGAUAAGAGCAAUGUGUUGUUGCUUGGGCCUACUGGUUCAGGAAAGACCUUACUGGCAAAAACUUUAGCGCGUAUUGUCAAUGUUCCUUUCGCCAUUGCUGAUGCCACUUCAUUAACUCAGGCAGGUUAUGUCGGUGAAGAUGUGGAAUCAAUACUCUACAAGCUAUAUGUGGAAGCUGGGUGCAAUGUAGAAGAAGCUCAAAGGGGUAUUGUGUACAUUGAUGAAGUUGAUAAGAUGAGCAUGAAGUCUCAUAGCUCAAAUGGUGGUAGAGAUGUUUCUGGAGAAGGUGUGCAGCAGUCAUUGCUGAAAUUGCUGGAAGGAACUGUGGUCAGUGUCCCGAUUCCAGAGAAAGGUUUACGAAGAGAUCCUCGAGGAGAUAGCAUCCAGAUGGAUACAAAAGACAUCCUUUUUAUUUGUGGUGGAGCAUUUAUCGAUCUGGAGAAAACUGUUUCUGAACGGCAACACGAUGCCUCUAUUGGUUUUGGUGCUUCGGUUCGUACAAACAUGAAUACUUCUGGGUUCAGUAGUGCUGCAGUAACAUCCUCAUUGUUGGAAUCUUUACAAAGUGAGGAUCUUGUUGCGUAUGGUCUCAUUCCUGAGUUCGUUGGAAGACUACCCAUCUUAGUGAGCUUAUCUGCACUAAAUGAAGACCAACUUGUACAGGUUCUAACAGAGCCUAGGAGUGCAUUGGGCAAACAGUACAAGAAGUUGUUUCGCAUGAACAAUGUCCAACUACAUUUUACUGAAGGUGCAACGAGGCUUAUCGCGAGGAAGGCCAUGUCCAAGAACACUGGUGCCCGUGGCUUACGGUCUAUACUUGAAAAUAUCCUCACAGAAGCAAUGUUCGAGGUACCAGAUAGCAAGACAGAAGGAUCACAGAUUAUAAAGGCGGUCUUGGUGGAUGAAGAGGCUGUUGGUUCAGUAGGAUCACCAGGAUGUGGUGCAAAAAUCCUUAAAGGAGAUGAUGUUUCGCAACAACAUUUUGAAGAAACAGAGUCAAAUGAGAAGCGGAAGGAGGAUGAAACAAAAAGAGCUCAGAGCUUGUAGCUGAACUGAUCUUAUGAGAGGAUGUAAGUUGUGUUAGAUAUAUAAUAGGGAAUGAAUGUUUGUGUUCAGAUAUAUUGACAAAGAAAUAAAAAUUAAAGCUACAGUUUUAUGUGUACAGCACUGUAAAAUGAGCCUGUUGGAAUGUUCAUACGAGUCUAUUUUUUUUUUUUGUCAAAUU